GUUUCAUACCGAUACCGCCGCCGUCGCUACCGCUGCAGGGUCAGAACACUCAGAACAAUCGCAUCCCAUCGGCGCGCGCGCGUGUCUGUCCGCGUCCGUAGAUAGUCGUCGUUCGUGUUCCGUCUGUCACACGCGCCCGCACCACGUACUCGCGCACACGUAUAAAAACGCACACGGGCGCGCGCGCACCACCGCACCACCGCGUACACACACGCUUCGCGCUUUAAUACCGUUACCGUAGUGCGCCGGCAGAACAGUGUUUUGUUUUGUUUCGUUUUUUUUCAUUUUUUUUUUUUAUUUGUUUCUUUAUUUUUCGCGGUACAAACCAUACUAUUUCGCGACACUUGCGGCACGCAUUUAUCGUCAUCAUCGUAUUGGAUUUUUUGGCAAACACCGUCCGAGGAAAACGUCGUUUCCGGUGAGUAGAAAGAAACAGAAAAAAAAAAAACACAACUACCUCUACUGCAAUAAAUUCUCUUCUCGCCGAAGAAACGAUUAUUAUUACAAUUACGUUGUCGCGAUAUUUUUACGCUCGCAGGGAGCCACUACCCGCCGGCGCCGCCCGUCCCGCGAUUUAUUUCACGCGCGAAAUAUCCACGCCCGCGAAUUUUUUGGCAUUUUAUUCUAUUAGGGAUUAUUGUUACCCCACCUACCCGCCCGCCCGCCCGCGCGCUCUCCAAUCGGUUGGCGGGAAGGGCUGCUGCAGCAGCGGGCAGGUACCUACAACACUCAACACACGCGUUCCGAUGCAACGGUUAUUUUUACGACCGAGGUAAUUUUUUUUCCCCCUCUCCGCCGCAUAAUAUUUUAAUUCUUUGGUAAUUCUCACGGCUUAAGUCAAUUUUUGGCAUUUUGUUUGUGUUUUAUUUUCCACCGUAAUUUUCUGCCUCUAUAUUUUUCGGUCUGUAUGACACGAGUCAUACUGUACACUUAUAAUUCGCAUGCAUAUACCUAAUCUAACAACGUGUUAUUAUUACUGACAACCCGGAAUGUCACAAGUCGCUGCGAUUGUUUUGGGUGAAAAACGCAUAAGUAGAACGCUAUAAUAUUUAAGUCACGCCGAUUAUUAGCAAUGUUACGCCAUUGUGUCGUUUAGUCAUUUUUGAAAAUUUAAUUUGCUUUCAUUGAGAACUAUAAAAAAUCUACUCGAUCCCUUCUUCCCCGGAACCGAAAAUAUAGCGCAUUCCUUGUUCGUUUGAUUAUUUUGUACACUUGCGCUUAAAAACAUUAUAAGGAAUCUACUUGACCUCCACAAUUAAACAGGCACUUAAUGUAAUAACAGUCUGAGACGAAUCCAGGGGGAGGGGGGCUAGGAGCCCAGCGCCCCUCCCUCAGACAUAUUAUUUCUAAGGUUUUUUUUUUUUUUUUUUUAUAAUUCUAUAGAUCCCGAUAUUACUAUACUCCAAUCGCUGGUGUGUACGAUAAAACAAUAUAUUAUAUUGUAUUUGUGUUGGAAAAAAAUAGUUGCCCCCACCCCCACCCCCAUAGAUCGUCGCUCUGGAUCCAUGCCCGGAUUGACGUUUGAGAAUUUAUCGCCGAAAAUCUACAAAAUACGUCUGUACACGAUUUUAUAAAACAUCGUUGACGAAAAAAAAAAAACAAAAAAAUCAAAUACGUAUUACGUGUAUGAUGCGCACAUUUCGCAUAGUCGAGUACGCUCAUUUAGCGUCCGCCGUGCACCUGUGCGCCGAUACAAUUAUUGCCGUUAGCACAUUCGAGUAACUUGUACUUUCUUGCGUUACACAACGCGUCGCGUUUGUUGGGACAGAUUUAUUAUUAGAAUAUAUUAAAUUAUAACGAACGGAUUAUUAUUCGUCGGCCAACAACAAUAGUUGGCACUUUUAACCGCGUCACGGUCAAGGUGUCAAUCUUUGGAAAAGUUACAAUCUAUAAUACGAAUUAUCUCUCGUCUUCCGGCUUCGCGAAUUUCAGGAAUAUAAUUGUAAAUAUAUGUACGCGCGCAGUUAAUAUAACGACGGUUUAUCGCCGGCGCACAAAUACAUUUCGCCAAAUUCAGUACAAAAAUUGUAGCCCCGGCGAAAAUGAAUCGAUUAACGAACAUUUUUACGGUGAACCGUAACGAGUUUUCGACGGCGGAAAAUCGUUUAAAGUCUCGGCGUUACGUCCGUUGAAUAGCGAAAAGCGAACGCGCGCAGUCUCGUGUGGCGGGGUUUUUUUUUUUUUAUUCGCCUUGCAAAAACGACAAUUAUUAUUUGUGGAGGGCUUCGGUUCGGCUCGGUGUACUAUUGUCGUUCACGGCUUUCAACGAUUUAUUGGUACGCGGUAAAAUAUUAAUAUGCCCACGGCGGCGGUGGCGACGAGACGAACAGUGCGGAGGGAUGACGCCGAAAUUAAAUAUUAUAUAUUCAGUGCGGUCGCGAGAACGUUAAAUAUGCCAUUUGAUUAUACGAAAUUAAUGUUGUGCAGCAUUAGCUGCAGCGCGCGGUAUCGAACGGAAGCGAAAUUUGAAAAAAAAAAUAAAAAAAACCUGUUUCCCCCCCCCCCUGUCGACCGGACAUGCCCGGAAAUAAACAAGAAAAAAUAAAAAAUAUUAUCGAUUUUCGCGUUUUCAAGACGAACUCCCCGUGUCGCACAGCACUCGGUCGAUUGAAUUUCCCCUUUCGAAGCUUUGCACGCACGCUCUACCGCCCUGAAAAACUGUAACUAAUAAGAACGAAACCGCGAAUUGUUCAGCGAGAUCGGUCGAGUCUACGGGACACGGCCUACAACGUUGGUUUGGUUGACGUUCGCGACGUGUGUAAAAAAAACGUCCGUCCUCUUUAUAUUAUUGCGUAGAAUACAGACGUGUCGGUACUCGAAUGACGGUCGUAAAUUUAAUAAUUUUAUUACGAUACGGAGGUGUUUUUUGUUAUUGUUAUUAAAAUCGUUUAUGUGUGCGUGUGUCUAAAUAAAUUUUCGACCAGAUAUCUCGUCCCGAAUUUUGAAAAGUGAUAUUUUCUCCGAAUGAAAAUUUUGCCUGGUUGGUUUGUGAGUAAGCAAUUUUCUUUUCGUCGUGAUUGGGGAAACCCGGAAAAGGUUAUGGCGUACGGCUUCAUUGUUUUCAAUUUCGGUAAAAUGUCCAAAACGCUCUGGCGUUUUUAUUGAUCUAUUCGUAAGCAUAAGAGAUUUUCGGGUUUUUCAAUUUUUUAUUCGGUUUAAUGUUGAUGGGAUUGUUUGGCCACACACAGAAAUACUUGAAAAUUUAACACGGCGUUCGUUAUAAAAUUAUCCGGUAAAACGAAAAACAAUUAAUCGUGUUAUUCGAAAAUGUCUUAUUUAUAAUACUAUGCUAUUGUAUUUCCGCAAUAACCGCGACCUCAGCCUUGUUUCGUGUGUAUGUAAAACUCGUUUAACGAAUAAGUAUCGAAAUUCCAUAAUAAUUUUAUUAAGAUAUUUUACCGCCGCCGUUAUAAUUAAUUAUUAGUUUGCGGCCAUCAUUAUGGUACCCGCAUUCGAGUUAUUCGCUCGCGGCGAUAUUUAUCUAACAAUAUUAUUACUUAUAAUUUGUAACUAUUUGAAUUUAUUACGGGGUGAAUUUGUACGAUUAUUACCACUAUGAUGUUUACACGGGUGUAGUGUAAAUUAUCAUAAUUUCAAUACAGAAUAUUGGAAAUUCUAAUUUAGAAUGAUAUAUCGACAGCAUAAAAAAACAAAAGUCACGAUAACUUUUUCGUCCAAUCAAAUUCGUCCGUGUCAACACGAAACAGUAAAAUAAUAACAAUAAACCGCUCAUCAAAAUCUGAAACUCCUUUUGAAACUAUUUUUCCAAAGGGUACCUGAUCUUUCACUUAAUAAGGCGUCAGCAGAUCAGCAUUUUUUAUUUAUUAUUUUUAUUUUUUUUGCAAAGAUUUGUCUUUUUUCUAGUAUUAGAAAACUCACGAAUUAGGAGAUUUCCUGUGCUUUUCUCGGUUAUUAUUGUAAAAUAUGCAUUGUUAUCAGUAACGCAACUAGGAUAUUUUCUAGAAGAGUGUAAUUCAUUUUCGGAUACGCCAAUAAAGUGUUCGACUGAAAAAACGUUUACGUAUCAUAGAUACAAACCAAAUAUAAUUUGGGUAACUUUCAAAUGUUGAGGUCAAAUUAUUUUUGUAUAAAAAAGCUUAAAAAAAUAUUUCCUCAUGUUUAAAUGGUUUUUGGAUUCAAUACUGGAAAUUAUAAUAAUUAUCAUCAGUAGCGCACGCAAGAUUUUUUUCAGGAGGGCAUUUUAUUUAUAUAAUUUUCCAGAGAGGGAUAGCACAUAUUAUUAGUAUAGUACUGUCAUUAUUAUUACUGAAUAAAGGAUUUUUGAUCAAAUUAAAUUUUAUUUUAUUCUAUGGUAUAAGAUAGUAUGUUGUCAAAUGUAAAACUUGAUUUAAAAAAAUUGAAGGAAGAAAUAUCGGGAGGGGUUAUGAUCCCCUAACCCCCCCCCUCUGUGUACACCACUGGUUAUAAUUACAACUACUGAAAUAAAAAUUAUUUGUUAUAACAUCGCUUAUGUUUAUGUUAAUUAUGAGUGAAUAUUUUAUAGGACGGACAUACUUCACACGUGGGUGUAGCCACUGUUGUAGAUGGGAAAUUGGGAAGGUAGGAUACAAACGGGAAUUUAAUGUAUAUCCGAAUGAAUGCUUCAGUGUAAAAAUAUAUCCUACGAUUUCUUUAUUUAAGCUACCAAAAAUUAAUAUUAUUUAGCUUGGAAAUUAGCAGUUAGUAAUGUGAAUUUAGUCAGGAGAUAGCAUUGUAAAUCGUUGGUUUGCAUUGCGACCCCCUCACUUGUCUUUUAUACACUAAUCUAUGGCCACUGAUAAACUGCUCGUGACCAGUCCAUUAUAUCUUAGUCUAUAGUUUACAGACAAUAAUUAUCUAUAAACCUUACCGAUAAACUGCAUAAUAUUAUUAACUAGCGUUUAUGAUUCCGAUUAUAAGAUGACAUGAUACCUGCAUGACGUGCUGUCUCCGUCUUAUAAACGUACGACGCACACAAUUUUCGUUCAGCAAGAACGAUUUUGUGCUGUUAGUUUUAUUAUUAGAGUGAAUUGACCUAUUAUCAAGCUUGAAGAUUAGAACAUUAUCAAUGCAACUACAUCGUUGGUUUUUACCGAUAUUUUAAUUUUUAAGCGAUGUAAUGAGAGCAUGGGAAAUACCUAUCGCAAUAAAUUUAAAAACGUUUUUUUGAAAUUAAAAUAUUGAAAAAUCGACGUAAUUUUACGGAUAAUGUUCUUGUCUAUAAAUUUGAUAAUAUAGAUCAAUAAAUUCAUUAAGUUAUUAAAACAAACAGCACAAGGGUUUGUCUCUGCCAAACGCAAAUUGUCUGUCGUAAAUACAUGUGUAAGGUUCCUAAACUUAGAAACCUAAACUUAUAACCUUAAGGUUCCUAGACGUAGACGGCACAUGGCGUGGAGAAGCACUUGCGAGUACCUUAAACUUGCUCUAGAUUUCGAUUUCGAUCGAAUAAUAUUAUGUGUAGGUAUAUUAAUAAUUUUAUUAUAAAUUUAUAACACUUCUAAAAACUAUAAAAAAAAAAAAAAAAAAACGGGAAAUGUUCGAUAAUAGUAUAGAAUAUAGAUACUCACGAAGAACACACUCGUGCAUAAAAUUAACACUUUAGUAUUCUAAUUAGUAUAACGAUAUACUUAGCGAAAAUAUUAUGUGUAUAGUAUACCAUCGUAUAGAUAAUUUUUUUAUUGUCUUCGAUUUGUAUUGCUUGUAAUUAUAACUAUAAAGCUGAGAAUUUAUUACAAUAAAAAAAAAAACACUUUAAAUAGGACAAAAAGCAGCUCACAACACUCUUACAGUUAAAAAAAAAAACACUGAAAUGUAAUAUUUUUAAAAUGUAUACCUAGGUUAUAAACUUAAUUAACUAAAAUCAUGUUUUAUCGUUCAGAAUAAUAGUAAUAAAUUAUUUAAAAAAAAUUAUAUACAUGGGGAGAGGGCAAACACCUAACAAAUUUAAAAAGUAAAAAAAAACCUGUGGGACUAAAAAUAAUCAACAGAAAAUUGAACAGAUUUACUGGGGAUAAAGAAGAGUGGAGGAAUUAUGGGAAACUACAAACCUAACCUUAGGGUUGAAUACUGAGAGAGAAAGAGAGAGAGAGAGAGAGAGAGAGAGAGAGAAGAACUUGAUUUCAAACCCAAGUCGUUGUUACAUAUAAUUUGAACUUUAUACUAAGAAUGAUAUAUUAUUAUCAUUUAUGUCUUACAAGUUGCAACAAGAUAAAAAAUUUGCGUUCGCUACAAGCGUUCUACGGCAUCAGCAAUGAUAACACCUGAAAUAUAAUCCGAUGUACGUAGGUAUAUAACUACCUACUUAUGCAGUAUAUACACACAUAUUUAAUUAUACUAUAAGUAUUAUGACACAUUGCAAAUGUUCCUAGUUUUUAUUAUUAAAAUUUUUUUUUUUUUUACUUACGCAAACGUGAAAUUCACGUUUAAUAAAAUAUAAUAUGAUGAUUACGUAAGAUGAAUCUCUCACCGUAUGUGUCGGCGACUCUCGUAUAUACGAUUACGUGUCAUCGCGAUAGGUUUGUGUCGCUUAUAAUAAUUUGUGUUUCUUCAAUUCAUUUCGUCUUUCAAUGAUAAUUAUAAUAUUGUGCUCUUAAAAACAAACGUACACACUUAUACUUCCGGUUUCCGCACGAUUAUUUUUCAUUUCCAUUCUAUAAUAUGCCUUUUGAUUGUCUAUGCAAUAUACGAGUAUUGCAACAUCACUCACGGAAUUUUGACCUAUACAAUGACUGCAUGGUACAAGUACUAUUAUAGUAAACGAUUAUUUAUUUUUUUUAUUGUGCCCAAACAACGUUCAAAAUAUGCUCGUCUAAUGUAUGUAAUAAUUAAAUCAACUGACUGACUGAUAUAUCAACGCGCAGCCCAUAUCACUGUCAAGAAACUUGAAAUUUCGCACAGGCUUUUCGUAAACUAUAAAUAGAUAAUCACUAAGAAGGGAUAUUUCAAAAUGCAAACCUUAAGGGGUUACAAAAGGGUGUACAUUUUGUGUUUUAUGCGGAGACAAAUUAAAAAUGAGUAAAACACAAAACUAUAAUAUCAAUAUGCAUACCUUUAGAUACAAAUAUCAUAGUAUGGUUCAUAUUUGGCCCAAAAAUUUAGCUAUUAUUCGGGUUACUAUAAUAUAAAAAGUGUUCAAAUUGUACUUCGUACAAAAAUUAAAUUAAAAAACAAUCAAAUAAAAUUACUUUUGAAAUUUCAUUGACCUACCUAUAUUGACUAUAUAUUAAAAUUUCUCACGUUUUGCAAAAUUCUUUAUUUAAUAUAAUAUUAAACAUCCUGUUUACAUACAUAACGUAUCUAUAUAAUACUUAUAAUCAUUAUCUAAACAUAUACGAAAACUGUUUAUGUAUACAAGUGAAAAAUAAAUACGUACCUAUUGUAAUUUGACUAUUGAUACAAUACGAUGUACGUAGUCACGCCCCGAUAUUCAUCGUCUUCGGUCUUUUGGACCGUCGCGAUGAAAGUAACAACGACGCCACACAUGUCUCCCCACAGGUAAAAUAAAUUACGAUUCCAUUGUACAUCGUAGCAUAUAAACUAUAUCGUAUAUUAUAUUAUUUAGGGAUGUCUUUUAUACACUUUUAAAACGUCCCUAUUGAUUUCGUAUCGGAAUUCGUAUCCGAGUAACGCGCGUCGGCGUCGGGGGAUAGAGCUGACAUGACCCCAGGUACCUACAUAAUAUAUAUACAUGUACCUAUAUUAUCCAUUAACAUGUCAAAAAAAAAAAAAAAACUAAGUAUAUAAUAGUUAGGUACGUAUAUACUCGUAUUAUAGGUGUGGUCACAUUUUCUGGUUCGGGGGACGGACGCUGCGGCUUGAAAUAAUGUUCAGUGGGCUGUUACAAUGAAAAAUAAUGUUCCGAAUUUAUAACGCAGGUGUAUUAAACGAGUAUUUUCAACAAUGACUGGCGAACAGAACGACAUUACAACCAUAAGUCUAACUAUAAGUCCCGAAGCAGGGCUCGGAACUUAUAACGUUCAAAAUCAACAAAAAAAGCGCAACUUCAUUCCUGAAAAAAUACAUUCAAAUUUCACGUAUGAACUCGUUGUAACAUAACGUCAGUUCCAUAGCCAUUUUCUAGAUUCAAUGACACGCCCAAAGAAAAAAAAAAAAAAGUGAAUGCUAUAAAUUCCGAACCCUAAUUGUAACUAUCACGUGAUAUUGGUAAAAAAUAAUAAUAAUAACUGGUCCCUAUUAAAAUAUCUGCACGAAAAAGUUUUCGAUAUAAUAUAGAAAAUAAUAUAAUGCGCAUGGGUAUUAUCUGUAUUUACGAAAUGUUGGAUAAUUCUAGGGGAAUUUCGUAGCACCUAUACAUUUCCUUACGGUAUUAUAGUUUUAAUUAUGUUCGUGAUCGUUGUAAAAUUGAUUCGAUCGCGAUACACUCGAGGCAGUCCAACCAUCAGCACACACCUUACAACAAUUAAGACGCCCCUUGAGGAUACCUGUCAAUCUGCGUACGGUAAUAACCGGUGAACAAAAUAAUUGACAUACCCUGUUUCAACGUGUGCAUGCGUUAUUCAAUUAUAAAAUCAUUGCUCGGCGAAACGCAGACGCGUGCGCCGAAGUCAUUUACGGACGUCACUUCCCCUCCCCCCCCCCGGCACACGUCACAAAUAAUUAAUACGUUCGAAACUACUUGGACAUUUUCAAAACUGCGUCGCCAAUUAAAUAAUUUCUAUACAACGGCGAUAAGCCACGGAUAUGAGCCAGAAGGCAUGAUACAUUAUUGUCUAUGUUACACGCAUUGUGUAAUAUAGGUACCUAUAUAUUUAAUGCGAGCUUAUAAAUACAUUUGAGACGAUCAAACGACAGAUCAGUUGCUAUAAAACAUACUGUAUAAUAUAUUGUCCGACGGCUGUGUUCAAAUUUAAAAAAAAAAAAAAAUCGGGUUCAAUAAUAUUAUACAUUUCCGUUUCACCUAAUAUUAACUACGUACACUUAACUUAUCUUAUAAUAAUUUCAAACGAUCAAAAUCCUUCACACUGUGCAGACAUGGCAGAAAACGAGAACCGGAGGAAAGCAAUUUCGGUUGUGCAAUUAAAAUAAUAUACAAUUUCAUAUACCAAGGUAAUAAAUAUUACAAAAAUGUUGUUUUUUUUUUGUUUUUAUUUGUUUGUUAUGAAAUAUGUUGUGUACUUAUUCAUCUUAUCGAGUAAUAUUAUUAGGGAAUAGGCAUACUACAGUAAUUGCCCGUGAGUCGUAAUAUUCAAUGACGAAAUAUAAAUAAGUGGCGAUUUUUCGUUAGGUUCUGUUGUUUAAACAUAUUUGGUAACAACGGUGUAGUUGUUUGUUUAGAGGUAGUUUGUUUAGGUGUAAUUGUCUGUCUAUACGCGAUUAUGUUUCGUUCGUGUAUACGCACACUAGAAAAGUAUGGACUAUUUUGUAUAGCGCGCGUACACCGAAAUACAUUUCCUUACGGUCCAGUCGAAAUAAGUUGUCUCGUCUUCGCGGGUUGAUGUUAGGUACAAAUAAUUGCAUCGUAAAAAUGAAGGUGAUAUAGUUUCCUGCGGACCAUUAAGUAAUUAAGUUCAAUUUAUCUAUAAGCGAACGGGAUAUUAUUCGCGCGUGGUGUACGGAAUAAUAAAAAAAAAAAAAAACAAGUGCAGUGUUGUGGACCACGGACAACCGGGACGACAGUGGGAAACGAGCAAAUGAUUUACAACAGGAUACAUACAUUCAUGUGUACAUUACAUACGCAUAAUAUUUAUAUUAUAAUACUUGUAUGUGCAAUCGUGCCCUUUUAAAACACACACAAGGCGGGCCCUUAUUUACACGUGUUUUCGGGUCACCCUGCCGUAAGACGAUUUAUUAUAUGUAUGAAAAAAAAAUACAAAUAAAUAAUAUCGAAUCCCACACAAUUGGGGUUUCUCACGUUUUCCAAUAUGUCUAUACACACUUCGCAUAUAUAAUAUUAUAUAUUAUAUGUAUAUGUGCAUAUGCGAUAUGCCAUAUAUAUCUACUCCGCCGAGUAGCGUACGAGUUCGUAUACAGUAAACCUACUACAUUAUGACUACAACUGCAGCAGCAGCAGGAGCACGAUGACAUUCGACCUUUUAUAUACAUUUCUUUUGGGUUAUCGGGUAAAGAUUUACGCCGUUGUCGUACUAUACCACCCAGUUUGUGUUCUAUAACGUCAUAUUGUAUGUGUCGGAGACUAUUAUUUAAAAAUUGUGUACCAUCUGGUCAUGUAAAGCAUUCAAUUAACUCGAAAACCCGCAUUGUCCUAUUGAAUCGCAUCAUAAUGUAUAGAAAAACGGACCCAGAGGCGGACCAAAGUACCUAUAUAUAUAUAUAUAAUAUAUAUAUUGUUUUCGUGCGUUAGCAUAUGGUCCGAUAGUCGGCUUUUGUUCGGUAAAAACUAAAAAUUUGCUUCUGGCAGUUAAGUAUUUACUGUAUUGUGCGCCUACCGACGAUAAUAAUAACAUAUCGAUAAAUGUAUACAUUUUAUAAAUUUUUCCACUGUAAACAUAAUUAGGUGCCUAUAACAUGUAUCUACCUACCCCAAACUCGAAAAAAUACGCAUUGUCUGGGCGCAUUUUCUGAUAAUAUCAUAUUAAAGUUUACAGGGAAAAUAAUAAGAACAAAUCGCGUGUAUCUUCGUCAUUGUCAAAUGCGUCAAGUGAAAGCAAAAUUAACGUCAUUUCGCCGCAUACAAGGUAUAUAACACUGUAAUAUUUACGACUAGAAAUUAUAAUCCAGUUUGUCGGUAAAAUAGUAUUUUGUUACAACUCAAUAACAAACAUAAUAUUAAUUAGCUCUAGGUUGUACUAUUUCAACUUGGACAUAUUAUACGGUUUAAAAAUUAUUAGUUUGUACCUGUAAGAUAAGAUCCGGAACGAUAAUAAAAUAUAGAAUCGAUGAUAUAUUAUUGUACAAUUUUAUGUAUUAAUACUAUAUAGGUACCGAUAUAAAAAAUUAACGAUAUCUAUAAUAUAUAUAAAAAUUUAAUAAUCACGAACGAUAAUAAUUAUGACAUAAUAAUAUAAUAGAUAUAAUAAUUAUUAUUGCGAUCAGAGUUCAACUUCGCUGUGAAUUUCGAUAAAAUGUAACGUCCACGUUUUCUCCGCUUAUCUAAAAUCUGUACCAUAAUAUAACAUGUGCGGAGAGUGCAUCUUCAUUAUGUGUUCGAUAUUUUUCUAAUGGCUUUGUAUCGACUUAUUAAAAUGUAAAACGUUAAUUUAUUUAAGAGGACGCUACACAUAAAUCGUGUCGUCUCCGACUUGCAAAUGCACGACAUGCCAAAUUUGCGAUCAGCUGAACCUAUUUCGGGCUGUUAGUGGUUACGUUGGCUUUUUCGUCAUUUUAAUUUUUAAACGAAAAACGAGCGUUUGAAAUAUUACAAUUUAAAAAUUAAAAUUAUCAAAAAGAAAUAACGUAAGUUUGAUUAUAGUUCAGUUCAUUCCAAAACUGAAAGCACAAAAUCGGUUCUGCUGAAUGCAAAUGCCGUGCGUGGUGUUUAUGAAAUAUGUGUUUGUGUGUGUGUGUGUAAUAAUAACUUAUUCAGUUAGAUUUAGGCGUGACACAUUGCUGUAUAAUUCCAUGAAUUGUGAGUUACUAAUUAUUUCCUCAGUCUGCCUCCCGCGUAAUUCAGCAACAAAGGCGUUCCGUACUUUCACGAAUGCGAAUCUCUGGUGGAUUUUAGAGCAAACGUACCACAGCUGUUACACUAUUUAUAAAGUAGAGUGUUUGCUAUAAAUCUAUUAAAUGAUUUUUUAAUAUUUUAAUUUCUUAAUAGGUAAGCUAUUAAUAGUCAAAAUUAAAUUAAAACACGAAUAUUCUGAUAAAAAAACGAAACUAUUAAAAAAAAAAUCGUUCGUACGAUCUCUAUAGUAAAUACUCUUCUUUAUAAAAUAUAUGAUAAAUCACUUUGCUCUAAACUUAAUCGCAGAGUCGCAAUCGUAGACAGGAGUAGACACGUAGUCAGGAUUUUUUUUGUGGGGGGUUCCAAACAUAAAUUUAUCACCAACUAUAAAUAACCUUACCAAUAAUCUGAUUUUUUGGUGAGAAACUUAAAUUUCUGAUUACGUGCCUGAUUUACUAUGCUAGUGACGAGGCCUCUUAACAAUACACGACGCGUCGAGUUUCGUGAUCCACCGGUGUCACCACUCGUCCACAAAUUUUAAAAUGUACCUAUAAAAUUUAUUAUACUUCACGACCUUCCGUAAGUUAAAACGUUUUAAUCAAGAAAUCAAUUAUUACUCGCGUUCUAAAAUACAAUGUACUUGAUACUACGAACUACAAAAAUAUUCUCUUAAUUGAUAUUAUGUAUCUGUUAUCUAUAUUUUAAUAAAUUAUUAAUAUAUUGACCUUAGCUUAUUCUUUGAUGUUUUCAAAUAAAUACCGUCGCAAAACAAAUUAUUUAACGUGGCGAACAAAACUAAUAUGUAUAGUAUACGUAUAUAUUUUUUUCUUUAUCGACCGGUCAAAGUUAUAAUUUUUUCAUUAGUACCUAUCUAUUUCAUUAAUGUGUGUAUCAUAGUAAAUAUUUUCGAAAUUAUAUGCGUUUUGAAUAUCCCAGUAGGCAUACAAAGAUAUUAUCAUCGUUAAUGAAACUCCUAAUGUUGGAAUUUCAUUAAUGUCCAAAGGUACUAACUGUUGUCUGACACCACAGUGACACACCUUAUAAGGUAUCAAAACCAUCACAUACCAUAUAAUAUCAAAAUGGUAAAUUAUUGUUCCUAUGCUAGAGAAUAAUUUGCCACUAUGAUGUCUUAUAUAUAAUAAAGUUAUAUAAAUUUAAUUGCUUAUAAAUAGGCAUUCAUCAUUGACGCAAUACUUACGAGUAUUGUCCUAAAUUAUAGGUAUGGGUACACGGUAGUAUUAAUGCACACUUAGUAUUAUUAUUUCUAUAGGUUUACUAAACGUACUUCACUUUACGAAUAUUAUUGUUUUCGCUGAGAAUAACAGUCCCAGGGAAGGUCUUAUAUUAAUUUCGUAUAGUUUUCCAUACAAGCAAUUUUUAAAAUACACACACUAAUGCACUCUUAUUAAAAAUACAUAGAUACACUUAUGCCAUUAAAACCAAAAUUAUUGAUUAAACAAUCAAUUUCAAAAAAAAAAUGGAAAACAAUGAUAUAAGAUAAAAUUGAAUUAAGCCCUUCUUCCCUAUCACCAAAGACAAACAUACGCAUCUACGAGUAUCACACUUCACAUAAUAAUAUCUAUUAUCAUAAAAAUAUCGUGACAGCGGCCAAGAUGUAAUUACCCGAGCCAAAAAAAAAUGUAAUAAUAAUACGAAUUAAAAGAUUUUUUUUUUGUUUUUGUCUCGUUUCUCUCUUUAGUAGAUAUUUUAAUAUCUACUUAUUACAUUUUUAAUAACCUUCAACGCAAAAUUAUAGCUACCUAUUAUUAUUAUUUACAUUGAUCGCGUGAUGAUUUUUCGACUUACGCAGUUACGCGUGUACUAUUAUCGUCAUAUUAUUACCAAAAUGUACGUCAUUACACGGUUUUUGUUGGUCAAAUUUGAAAUAAAUCAAUCUAAUUUUAAUUUCUUUAUAGUUCAUAAAUCAUAAUAUAUUAGCAAGCAUUACGCAAGAGAAAUCAUCUGAAAUUAAUAUUACCUACCCAUGCACUAUAGUAUUUUCACCGAGGAAAUCUAUCUAAUAACGUUAGACUAAAAUAAUUCCUAAAGAAUGCCUAUUUUAAAUCGAUUUUAAUUAUUACUGGUUAGUAAUAAUUACUAUUAUUUUAAAUUAAAUACCUUAUGUUAAAAUAAUGUGGUUAAUUUUAGAUACGGGGUCAUGGCUAUUAUAGGUUAUAAUAAUAAGUAAGUUAAGCGUUGCCUAAGGAGUAUAAAGGCGGCAUAAUUUAAGAUACGGAAACAAAUUUAAAAAAAAAAAAAAAAAAUUGUAUACAUGUUAUGCUUGUGUUUUAUUACUGACUGUAUAAUAAUUUUGAUCCUUGUUUAUGUAUAGAGCGCAGUGUAUUUAAUAAUUAUUAAUCAGAAAUACCUAUAUUUACUGAUUAUAAUAUUAACGAAAAUGAAUAAAAAUAUUAUAAAAUUAUCAUAACAACUUUUAAUUUUAUACGGUGAUUCGUUUAUCGUUAAAUACUCAUUAUCUCGGUAAGUAUGAACUUUUUUCAGAAUCUGUUUUAUAGAAAAUUUGAUAAACUGCAAGCAGCUCUACAAUUUUACAUUUACAUUAUAUUUCGUCACCCUAAUUUUGGGGGUGAAACGACUACUUACUUUUGAUUUUAAAAUAAUAACCUAUAUUCAAAAAUCCAUAAACAGAGUAUUAGUUUAAAGAAAUUUCGGUGUUAACAUUUUUAAUUUCUGUCUACUCAUUGAUGAGAUAUUCCACUAUUAAGUUUGGGUCAGGGAAGAGUAGUGGAGCAUCAUUUGUGUGGCGGCACGGCGUUCGGCGUUUCAAUUAUGCACCACUACUCUCCUUCGACCCAAACUUAAAACUGGAAUAUAUCGUCAAUGAGUUGACAGAAAUCAAACAUUUUGGCAUCAAAAUGAGUUUAAACUAUUACUCCAUCUAUUUACGGUAUUUUCAAUAUAGGUUACCAUUCGAAAAUCAAAAAUUGGGUAGUCGUUUCACCCCCAAAAAUAAGGGUGACAAAAAAAUAAUAAUAAUAAUGUAACAAUUUAGAACUAUUUGUUUCUUGAGUUUUCAAAAAAAAUUUCAAAAAUAGUAAUACUUUUCGAAAUAAUGAGUGUUUAACGAUAAAAGGAUCACCCGGUAUUUCAUUAAAAACGAUUAUAUUAUUAUAAUUAUACGUAAUUAUUAUAAUCGGGAGUUUAUGUAGCCAUUAUAUUGUCGGUGCUUUGACAUAAUAAAAUUGAAAAUCAAUAACAAAACGUAAUAAUAUUACGUUCGCCGUCUAUAGAGAAAUAACAAAAUUGUUUGCGAAAUUAUUGAAAUGUUGCGGUUUUACCACUCGAAUAUGUUGUCCUUAGGGUCAAAAUACGGAAGGAGGAAAAUUUGAGCUCGGUUUCGUAUAACGAAUUGUUAUUAUAGGUAUCAGGUAUACAAGUGUGUUGUAUCCUACAGUAGAUCGGUACGUUAAUUGUAGACACGGAUAGCCUUAUUCCUACAGAUGUUUAAAUUAAAUAAAGUACAUCAUCAUUUAAAACGUAGUUAUAAUUACACAUUAUAAUGUUUAGUUUCCAAAUAGACAACAUAAACGGUUCGUGGAUAAAUCUAUUUAUUAUACUAUCCUCAGCCGGAUAUUAACUAUAAUAUGGUUAAUGGUUAUGUUAUUUUUUUAAGCAGGAUAUUAUAAUACGUUUUACUAUGAAAAAUAAAAAUGUAAUACUUAUUGUAUCGAUGCGUAAUGCAUAGAAUUUUAAUGGGCAUGUUCUUUUUUCUUUUUUUAGAAAAACACUCGAUAUUACAUUGGCAUAGGUAAAUAUUAUUCGAAAUAUCUAGUGAACAAAUAGACAAUAUUGCGUAUUGGUGCAUUUAAAAUUAUAAAAACAAAAAGAAAUUCUUAAAUUCCUAAAUCACGAAAAUUCAUUAAAAUCGUAAACAUGUAAAAACGUAUUAAGACACGUAUACAAGUAGAACUUUUCACUGUGGGUAUACUUUAGAUAACAAUGAAAAAAAAUAACUUGACAAAAUGUUGUUAAAUGUAAAAAAGACCUUUUAGCCAAAAGUUAAUAAAAAAAAAAAUUAACUCGUUAAAUGUCAGAAAUAAUACGUGCAAAAAAUAAUGGUAGGGGUAAUAUAUUCAAUAUUUAGUUUAAUGGUUCGAUUAUUUAUCUUUUUAUUUAUUUUUAUUCGCAAUCAUGUAUAAUGAGUUCUAUAUUAUAUCACGUAUAUGAGAAUUUGAAAAAAAAAAUCAAUCAAAUCAAUUAUUAUACUCGGCUUCGGCCGGGUCAACGUUAAAAUAUUUAUGAAAAUGAACUAUACCUACAAACAAUUGAGAUAAUACAGCGCAAAUUACACUAAUUAACUAUUAUAAUAAAAAUAACAAUAUUAUCUAAUUAAGGAAAAUUAAUGGUUUUUAUAAAAAUUCAUUUUUUAAUUAGUAAAUUCUCUACGCCGUUGUUGAUGCAUACAGAAUAUUAGGUUUCAUUUUAAGGUUCGACUUACAUUGGUUAUAUUUAUUAUGUAAAUGUUUGAUAAAAAAAAUUAUGAUAAAAAUGUUAUUAAUCUUGCUCCAAAUUUCUAGAGUAAAAUCUUUUCCAAAAAAUUACCGUAUUAAUGAUUUCAUUAUUUUUGAUUUUAUUUUUAUUAUUUUUUUUUUUUUUUUUUUUUUUUGUGUCCUUAAGGUGGAAAAUCAGUUUGUGAUGAAAAUCAUACUAAUUAGAGCAUUUUAAAACAUGUUUAAUCGAACUUCCCCCAAAAUCGUUUUUCGUUAACAAUAUUUUAUCGCCGCGUAGACAUAAAUUAAACAACACCAUGUAUCCUAUACCUUCCUAAUUUCCCACCAACAGCAAUAACACAUCCAUCAGCGGUAUCAGCAAUUUGCAUUAUAUUUAAAGUACGAAUUUGCUCAUUUACUCGAGUAUUCGACUACGUUAAAUACAUAUUUUUUUUUAUAAGUACGUUUGCAAGAAUAUUAAUGAAUAUUAAUUCAUUAGUUUCUAUUAAACAUGUCAUAAUUAUUACUUUAUAUAAGUAUCCAAAAUAUACUUACUAUAUGCGUUAUAUAUUAUUGUACAUUGAUUUUACCUUGACAUACAUUUUAAACACUUAAUUUUCAUUAAAACCCAUCAAACAUAUAAAAAUAAAUAGCAAUGUGGGUAAAUAUUAAUAAAUAAACCAAACUUAUGUAGCAGUCGAACUAGUUACUAAACUUAUUUUCAAAUAAAUCCAAUAAUUAUAUUUUCUUUUGUUUUUAAUAUAUAUGUUAUACGCAUAAAAAAUGUUAUUGAAAAAUAAAUUAUACACAUUGAUUUUCUUUUCUAAUAAUUGUUUUUUUUUUCAAAUGAUGUUAUAUAUGAAAUAUUACACCUAUACCGCAUACAUUUUACCUUUUUAUAUAAAUAUAUAUAUGAGUAAAAGAUAUACUUUUAAUGUAAGAGUAUAAUAAAAUACGGUGUAAUUUUCUUUAAACCAGCGAUAUGCACGUUAUUAUAUUAUAUGUAUUAUGCUAUCCCGUUUUUUCUCAAUAGUGCAUGAACACUACUAUGGGUUCACUCUGUAGUCAUACCUAACAUCUAUGUCAUAUCGAAUAAUAAAUUGUCAAUUUUUAUUUUUACCGCUUUACAUUUUCUGCGUGGUUUUUGUACAUGGGUAAUUUUUUACCAACAAUAAUUAACCUAUAUAUGAUAGUAAAAUGUUUUCAUCUGCAAUUCUCCUCGUUUUAGCCGCCAGCCAGAACGAAUAACAAUAAAAAAAAUAAAAUAAAAAUAACAAAACGAAGCCGCAACUGCGUAUUUGCCCCGAGGAUGCUGUGAAUGUAAAAGGAAAGUACACCUACCCAAAAAUAGUAAAUAUUGUAACAUAAUUGGAAUAUCUUCAUAAAAAUCCUUCACUUCCUCUAAUGAUAGUAUUGAAACAAUUCGAGUUGGCUGUAAUAUUAACCUCGAACGGUUUUCGUCGAACGUUGCAUAAACGGUUUUUUUUCUGACCAAUUUUAAGUCGAAAACUCGUAUAUAGGUAAAAAAAAAACCCACACGUGAUGGUAAGAUCGCGAAACCUUGAACACCCCGGAUCGGUUAUAGAUAUAGGUAUAAGAUAUAAUAUGAAAUUCAUCUCAGGUUUCGAGAUUAGUCUUCGGUUUGGCUGCGAGGUGGUGACAGUUAUCGCUAACUGUAGAGCAUAUGUGACGCACGCGCACUGUUACUCGUAUUAUAUCCGCAUAUGACAGCUACCCGUCUGCUAGCGACUAACUAACAACCGGUUACCACGUUACCGGUCCUGUUUGGUAUACUACGUCGUAUACUUAUGCGUUCUUCUUUUCAAUCGCCCUCUCUUUACCACGACGAUGUCGACGACGACGACGAAGGUCCAGACAAAGACAAUAAAAACGCUCCUAUUUUUUUUAUUUUAUUUUUUUUUUUUUUUCAUUAUUCUCCAAUUUUGUCUUCUAUUUUUUUUAUAAGUUGUAUAUAUUAUAUAUAAUACAUGUUAUGUGUGUGUGCGCGCGCGCGUUUGUAGACGCUCUGGCAAUCUAGGUGGUCCGAUUGUGAGUUAGAAUAUAAUAUACGAGUACGUGCAGGUAUACUAAGCAUUAUGUCGGUUUGUGUUUUGGAUUUUUUUUUUUUUCUAAGGGUUAAAUUAUACAUGAAAUCCGGAUUGGUAUACGUUUUUGAACCAUCUAUAUAUAUUUUUGACGACUCAUUUCGAUUAACCGUAUAUUAAGUCACGCUACCGAAAAAAUCGACCCUCGGUAACAAUAUUAUAUACGAAGGUAUGUUUAACGAUGUGUCGCAUCUCUAGAACAAGAUUGUCAAAACUUAAAAUGUAUAAUUUUGAAAAAAAACGAUUUGAAGUUCAUUUUGAGAUGUGGCUGUAUUGCAUAUACACAAAAUGAUUUUAAGAUAGCUAUAUACUAAAAAAUGGCAGUACUGCGCUGAACAUAAUGAAUAUAUAUUAGAAUUAUUACCAGAAAAUGAUUUUGUGUAUAGCACAAGAACGCCACAAAUCGAAAUAAGGCAGUCUUGAAUUUUGACUUUAGUAAUUAAAUAGAUAAAUCAUAGAGUCAUAAAGUAAAAUAUAUUGCUUCGUUGCUUUGAAAAUUCAAUAAUUCUUUGCUGACACAUCUUUUUAGUGGUAAAAUGAAUAAAUGAUAUUGAAUAUGGCGUUUAUACAUCCUAUAGAGCUGAAUUUUCGCUACCCGAAAGUGAUCAUAACUCAAAAUUGAUAAAUAUUGGGUUGUGGCAGUCUUGUUCUAAGGGUGUACAAUACAGUUGUGUUUUUUUUUAUGUAUUUUUCUAGUCUCAAUCAUUUCGAAAACAGAAAUCAAUAAAAAAAAAAUGAAAUAUAAUGUGUUUACCCCUUUCUGCCCUUAUUGAUGCAGUUGCAAUUGCAAAUUAAUCAUUGUUGCCAAGUAAAAUUUAUCUUUUAAAAAGGGCGUAUUCUUCUUCGUCUGUGACAAUCGAAUCGAAUAGCCGUUUUUUUUAUUAAUUUCGCCAAUAUGACCCAUAAAUAAACAACAACAAAAAAUUCAAUUUUCGUUUCAAAAUACUAAAAACCCUGCGAUAGCCUGCUAAGGGUAGAAUUUCAACAUUGUAGACAGCGAUUUUUAUGGAAUAUGUACGAAUAAGUUUCAUCGAUAUUGGUAUAAAACUCUAGACUUGUAUAGUAGAGACAUGUAUAAAAGAAGAAUUUAAAUUUUACAUAAUAUAAUUGAUAUAGGUACCUAUAUGGGCCCAGCUGAUAUAUCAUUUAUUAAUUUUGAAAUAAUAAUAAGCACUUUGUCCCCGCGCAACUCCUUAACGUUAUUGUUAUACCUAUAUCUAAAACAGCCUGAAGUACACAUCCCAUUAUAUACAUUUUCAAAAAAACAAUACACACAAAAAUAAAACGUUUUCAAUGGUGUAUAAUUAUAUUCAUAUAUUGUGUAUUGUUGUAUUUUUUAUUAUUUCUAUAUUAUAUAUGGGUACACCAUGACCAGUCUCAAUCGUUAAACGUUCUGAAGGACGAAAAUCUAAAAGGGUUAUAAACUUGUAAUACACUAUAAUAAUUAAUAAACGUUUUGAUACUCGACACCUAUUCAUAUUAUUAUCCAAAAAUGACUUUGCGAAAAUUGUCGAUGACUUACACAAAACAGCAUAAUAUACGAUUAUUCGCUAUUACAUUAUACCUGCCUAACAUAUUUAUUUUUGAAACCAGCUAUAUAUUAUAAACAAAACUAAUUAUUUUACACGCCGAUAAAAAUAUUAUAUUAUUCAUAUUAUAAUAUUAUAUUAUUAAAAUGAUCAAUUAUUUUAAAUAGUCAUUUUUUCAACCAUAGCUUUAAAUAAAAAAGUGUUAAAAGUUAAAUGUCAAAAGUUAAAACGUUUCAAACAUAUUUCAUAGCGUAAUAUAGUAAAAUAUACAAUAAUACCGAACGUUUUAAUAACGUUUUUGAAGACAAAACAAUUAUAUUUCACGUUAUCAAAAAUAAUAUUAUCAUACAACUAUGGUAUGUAUAGGUAAUGGUGAUUUAUGAAGGCAAAUAAAAUUUAAAAAAUACUAGGUUUAAGGUUAAGGUCAUGAUAAAAAAAUUUGCGGCACGAGACAACGCUAUAUUAUAUUAGUAUAUGUAACCUCAUCAACUCUUUUAUAUUAAAAACUUAAAUUUAAAAAAAAAAAAAAUUUAUUUUCAAAAUAAUUAACGUAACACGGCGUGUAUUUUGCCAAUUUAUUCGCAAAAUGACUACAACAAGGAGAAGUUUUCCCGUUAGAUCAGUUUCCUGUAAAUAACGCCCUGUGGAUUAUUGUAAUUACUUGUACAUAAAAGUCCUCGACACUAACCCUACAGCUCUAUACUUAAACUAAAAAUAAUAUUAUAGUAUUUUAAUCCGCGAGAAGUUUGUUAUUGCUAUUAUUAUUAGUUUUUUUUUUUUUUAGAAAAUUUUUUGUGCGUUAGUUCGAUACCUAACACGAAACCCGAAACAACAUUCUGCUGACUUUUUGGUUAACCACAAACGCACGUUGUGAGUCAUUUAUACAUUACAUGUGGGAAUACCACUGCAACCAUUAUUAUAUAGUCGGUUGCGAACUUGGUUAUUAAACUACUAUAGAAAUUUCAGAAUUGCGUUUUGGAAGCCGGUCUAUAGAAAAUAUAAUGUAUUAUGUAGUUAAAUUUAUACAAUAGGAGGGGAGAGGGUGAACUGGUAUUAUUGGUAAUUACAGAACCGUAACUGAAAAAAAAUUUCGGGAGCGAGUGCGAUUCAAAAUUUGUUUAGGGUACUAAAGUCAGUCAUGUGUUUACGUUCAAACGUACACCCUCGAACAAUUUUUGGGUUUUUUUUUUUUCCAAGUCCAAGGAGGGACGACCGCCACUGAAUUUAUACAAUUUGUCGUAUUAUAACUUUAGGUAUACACUGUAACACGAUUUGUAUUGACAAAAAAUCCGUGACGAUGUCCAUCGUCGGUUAAUUAUAUUAAAACAAACAAUAAUGCAGAUUAUAAUAUUGGGUGUGCCUUAAAAACGUCAAUCGAAGUGCAGACGUGUGUACACACUCGUAUUAUGUGUUGGGUAUAAAUCAAAAAAGCGCGUCUACCUAUUGUUAUUUCAGGCGCAUGUUAUUAUUAUAAUAUGCAGACCAGACGCGCCUGUACAAAUUAAAAGCGGAACACAAUGGGCCUGAAAAUGUGUAUUCCAUUUUUCUACAAAAACUCGAAACCUAGGCGAUCCGUGCAAAUCCGUACAAUGUGCGUUUAACGAACUUGCAGCGACAAUAGCGCCUACAUAGAUUUUUCAAGUAUAUACGCCAAGCGUAAUUUUUUACCAGAACACCGCCGCAGCCCAGUAUAUUAUAAAUUAUAAUAGAACCGCUCUCGCCGGUGACAAAAGGAGAUUUACAAAACAAUAUAAUAAUGAUAUUCAAGGUCCAUACGCGUAUCGUAUGGUUUUUUUUUUUUUUACAUAUUUGGCGUACCCACUAUAAUAUUAUAGAUAUACAUACAUAUAUAUCCGUUAUUGUUUUUUUUUUGAGAAAAAUUGUCUGGGUUUAUUGAUCCUCCGCCGGGGCCGAAUGCGGGCGUAUAAUAAAAUUUUUUUUUUCUUUGUUAACUGAAAUACAAAAUAAAAGGACUGCGGAGAAAAAAAUGUCGCAUACAAACUGAACAAACUUUUGUUCGCUUGGGUACGGUUACGAUAUACGACUCCGCAUUCGAGGUAUUUGGAUGAAUCGUACCGAAAUGUGACCUGCAGUUAAGGCGAAUAAUUAUAUGCCGUUUGGGAGGUGCGUGUUUAUUCCAUCGAAAAUGCCGCUUGGGCAAAAUGGCCAACAAAUUUAAGUGGGUUUAUAUCAAGUACAUAGAUUAAACUUUAAAAAAAUAUAGCAACAAUUUAAAUUGUAAUACAAUAGUAAUGUACAUUAUCGACUAAAAAAAUAAAAUCACGUACGAUAUAAUAUGAUGUAGAUUGUAGAUAUACAACUGGUACUGUAACUGUAUGUUUAUAUUGUACCAUUGUUUUCAAUAAUAAUGACGAAUACGAAUAUGAUAAACUACGACGCAGUGCGCAUCAAAGUCACCGAGUUUUUUACGUCGCACAGAAAACGAUAGUUUCUCUCGCCCAAACGGUAUAAAUUUUAGUCGUCCACACGUACUAUUAAUUUUUAUGGUCAAAAUGAUCACACUCACCGCCCUCGAAAAGGGUUCGUGGUGUAGUCGCCCUAGAUAUUUUGGUUACCGUCACACGUAUUGUUGAUAAACUCAAUUUCCCAAAAAUGUCAAUGCGGUCAUCAAUUGAUAAUAAUAUUGUUCUCCGGCGAUAUUCCAAACAGUAUUACGAACAUUCGCAGCAAUUUUAUCACUCGUAGUGUCGUAUCUUCUGGUAGGCAUAUAAUACCUAUUAUUAUUGUCGUUUACUAUACGCGUUUACACACGCGUUCAACGAGAAAUGAAAUAAUAUAGGUAUCCGAAGAGAACAUUUAUUAACGGAUUUGCUAGCGUGGAGUUGUUUAGAUUUUGCUUUUUACAAUUCAUGCAAGAUGUAAUUAUUAUACGCCUAUUCCAUAUAGGGCUGAUAAAUGUUUCUUGAUAGGGCGCGCGCGGUCACUCGUGAUUCAAACGCACAAAGAGUGCGGCUUUGCACUACCUACUUUCGGGCCGUUGACUCGGUUUCUGAAACCAAAAAAUGUUCACCAUAGAAAAAAAAGAAAUUGCACUGCGCGCGUAACGCCGUCGUGGGUUUCGUCCAUUGGAUUCCGAAACGCAAACAAAGUUAUUAGGCGUUGUUCUAUAAUCUAACCUUUCUCAAACUGCGGAACGGCCUCGCCACCGGAUUCACCCGCGGGGUAAGAGAACCUGCCGGGCCGCCACCGGCGGACAAACGCGUGCGAGAACCCGGUGCUCGUUCGGAACACGUAAAAACGCACGGCGGCGUACGCUUAACGUUCGGACAAUAAUACUGUUGUAACGAUACGUCCGAAGGGGGGAAGAAAAAUAAAAAAAAUAAAAAAUCCCGCGCGCGCGUAUGCCCAAUUAGGAAGUUGGCCGCCGACCAGUCGGACGGGUCCCGAGUGCGGCGUGCACUCGCGCCAGACGUGUGCGAGAGUCUUGCGGCUGCGGUGCAGUGGGUACGCGCGCGCGGGUCGAGCAUUAAUAUUACUGUUGGAUUUUACGGCGAGUCGCGCAGUCGAACGCGAAAACCAUACGACAUUGAUAAUAUUCGGUUCCCGGAACCGGCGAACGGACAGACGCGUGUUCGCACAUCCUUACCAAUAAUAAUGAUAAUGAUAAUAAUAACGGCGUAGUAUACCGGCACGGGCCAGUCAAUGGGAAAAGUUUUUUUUUUUUUUUUUGUAAAUUGUUUUUUAUCAGGGUUCGACUUUCACAUUGCGCUCGCGUAUUGCGCCCGCCUAAUGGUAUGCGUGUGCGACGGCGCAAUAAAAUUGUCGUCGUUUAAGGUGUGCUUACCCGCGAGUGCCAGUAUUAAAAAAACCGGAGAAACAUAAAUAGCUGGUAUUAUUAUUUACCACAAACGGUCAAUUUAGAAAAUAAGCGAGUACGUUCGUAAUGAGAAAGAAAGAAAGAAAGAAAAAAAAAACAAUAUAUCGACGGAUUGCGAAAAUAGACCUGUAUAUACCUAUAUACCUGUAUACCCGAACGUAUUAUUUUCAUUUUGCGCCUCGCCUCUACUGGAAUAAACGAAACGAAAAUGAAACGCCGUGCACAGUUCGACGCGUAUUGUGCCGGAAUGAUAGUCGGGCCAGCCUGUCAUUGCGUACACUCCAAAUUCAAAACGGUUUCUGCGUCGUUAUUAGGGCCCGGUUUACAAUGCGAAAUGCAUUUUGGUUUAUCUAAGACCGAAACACGCUUUCCGUGUACACGAUUCGGUUCGUACAGCAUACUUCAAAAGUGAAACUUUUUAUUGUACUUGCCGCUGUUUUUUUUACAUAUUUGGAUCAUUUUUCAGCAUUUUUCGGCAAUUUAUAGAGUUUGUUACAUAUUUUUAAAUGCGUAUUCAAUAUUCAUACAUUUUACGAAUUUAUUAAGUACCUACCCAAUUCAAAAUAUUAUCGCAAGCUAUUUUAUUUCCGUGAAUUUUGUUUUGGUUUACGUUUUUCUUUAUAAACACAGAUUGUCAAUCGUUAUAUUUAUGAUUUCGAUAGUGUCUUUAUCUUAUCUGUAUGACUGCAUUAAUGGCUGAGGCGCAUCACCCGGAUCAAACUAAUGACAACUACACGAGUGAAACUUUUAUUUCACAUUUUCACAAAGUCGGAUGAUUCACUCGAUUUUAAUACCCGACCUGAUUAACCACGUGUUGCAUUAAUUUUUUUUUAGUAGGCACUGCAACAAUUAUUACCGUAGUUAAAAGUUAAUGUUUUCCAUAACAAUAUUAUUUUCAUAAUGUAAAUUUAAAUUAAGAAAAUAAAUAUUUUUAGAUAUUAUUCCUUUUUGAUAUAAUAUAUUGUGAACUAUGAACGCAGACUUCGGAACUAUUACCGUAAAGAGAGCUGGUCAGCAAUUUCCAACGUAUUUAAUUUAAUGUACGAAAAUACUUCAUAGUUAAAGCAAUGUACACAUACCUACUCGCUUAACCUUCGCACAUUCGUUAAUAUUUUAUCGGUUUUUUUUAUCGUUUAUAGUGCAAUGACAGAAAUCAAGUAUUAUCACGAGACUGAUAUUUAAAAUUUAGGCAGUACUCGUGCCCGUCUCUGUUAGAAAAAAAAAAAAAAACGCGAAAUUUCAAAACGAUUACUACGCGAUAAUAAUGAGCUGGUAUAGGUAAUAAACUGUACUUGCGUUUUUUUUUUUUUUUUUUCGUUUAUUUUAUUAUUAAGACACUUAUUAUGAUAACCGGUGACCAAGGUUUACCAUCCGUAAGUAUGUCAGUGGGCGGAGCCUACUAUAGUUUUUUGGCCGAUGACAAAAAGAAAAACGAUGAUUUAACUUUGUUUAACGCAGUAACGCGCGUGUAAAUACGCCGCCUCGUCUCGUAGUACAAGCAGUGCUGCUCGCCUAUAACACUAUAAUAAGUGCGCCGUUUGACUUCACGGUUAAAUAACGGCCGGCGUACUCAAGUUCGCAACCGUUCUUGUUGGGAAACGGACAAAUAACUUGUUUGGUAUACCGCGGACGUCGCGAACGUUACGGUAUGCGCGCGGCCAUUACCGUCCGUGUAGCGCGAGAAAUAUUAAAACCGAAAAGAAUAAACCCACCGCCGUACGGCGAAUCAUAUCGAAAUUAACGCCGCGCGGGUAGCGGCCACGCGUCGUACCCGCUUGAACCGUGAGUUACGAGCGAGCAAAUCGUAUUGUUAUUAUUUCCGAAUUGGACGGUUCGCGCUGUACGUUUUUUGUUGGUUUUUUUUUCUCUCUUCGACGUUCCGCUCUUAUUUCGGACGUUAUCGAUUCCGAGCGAGACGGCGAGUGCGCCGGUUUUACUGCGACGGCGUGAUUUGUCGUAAACGUCCGUGUGCAAACUUUUCUACCGAAACCCGACCGACAGCUUUCCUGUGUAGCGUUCCGGCCCUACAGCCGGCCCGCGCACCGGGGCUGGACGCGUUUCGAACAUUAUCGUUUACGGUUCCGUCGAUCGCGGGUAAAACCCGUGGAAACGGCUCGGUUGGUUUCGAUUUCAAACGGUCAGGUUGUGACCGAACUGUGUUUACCACAAAGGUUUACGGCGUUACAAUUAUUUAAUAACAACAACGCGCGCGCCUCUUAUAAUCAAUAACGUUUCCCAUCGAAAGCGCCGAUAUCACCGUGUGGUUAUGUAAUUUUUUUAACGUCUACAGUAUUUAAUUAACGAAUAUCCCGUUCCCGUAUUCGUAUUAUUAUUUUUUAACAGUGAAUUAUGACACGUCCAUACCGUAGUAUAAUAUAUUGUUUUAAUUUUAUAAAUACGUUUUUCGACUUUUUUUUUCCAUUAUUAUACAUAUUUCAAUCACGUUUUUACAUCUAAACACUAACUGUAUAAUUAUACAUCGUAUUAUCAUAAUAUGCUAUAGUUAUUUUUUCAAUUACAUAAAAAAAAUUAAUAUAUACUAGUUUUAUGUUAUAAAAAAAUAGUAGACACGAUGAGUUAUGUACUUGAAUUGUAAAAUAUUUUAAUGAACACUAUUAUUCGUUAUACAGGGUGAUCCAUUUAUCAUGAACCAGCGAUUUUCUCGGUGGGUUUUAAGUAAAUUUGAUUUUUUUUCGGUUUUACCACGAUGUUUAUUUUUUUUUUAUGUGAAUACUUUUUCUACCAGAGAGUAUACUCCGAUUAUCAAGUAUAGCACCUUUUCCGAAAGGAAAUGUUCUCUGGGUGAUACUAGAGAGGUCAUUUGAAAUUCUCAUUAAUAUUCGAGAUGAUGAGGAAAACAUCGGUCUUUAGAAAACCCCCGCCUUUUUUAAACAUAGAUUCCUACUGGAAAAUCAAAGACCGAAAAUCAAAUUCGCUUAAAACCAUCCAAGCAGAUCACUGGUAAAUUAUUCGUAAUAAACACAGUUAUCGUCCAUACAAACAAUAACUUAUUAAAAAAAAAUUGCAUAUUUUCCACGUUUAAAAAGCACUAUUAUCGUCAAUAAUAAUUUAUAGUUUGUAUUUUAUAGUUUUCAUUUAUAUUAUUGAAAUUUUAAUGAAAUGUAGAAAUAAUAUCACAUAAUAUCGUUUAAAACAUACUAAUGCUGGUGAAAUAAUCACGGCAGUUUACAUGCGUCCAGUAUUAUAAACACGUGCAGUCUAACAUAUUAACAUUAUUCGUACUUAUUUAUUAUGUACAGCCGUCUUUGAUAGCUUAAAAUAGUUUUAAAAAAAUAUUUGGACACGAGUGGUAUAAUACUAUGUAUACUUUGGUCAAAGACAAAAAAAAACAUUCGUGUCGCCUCCGUCUGUAUAUAAUAAAACUGUGGACUUGAACUCGUACGCUGCAGUGGAAUACUGUUCCAGACAAAGUUAAGUUGUUAUUAAUAAAAACUCUGGAGAUUAAAAAAUAAAAAAUAUCAUUAAUAAAGUCAAUAAAAACUACACGUGGUGCGUUCGGCAAUCUGCAGCUGGAUGAACAACAAACAAUAUAACAUAAAAUAUCGUGUAAAAUGAGAUAAAAAGAACAGAAACACACAUUUUCUGACUACCGGAAAUGCGAUUAUAGUGAGGGAAAUUAUAUAAAAACAAAGAGCUGAUACUGCCGCGAUGCGGGAAGUUGGGAAGGUUGGAUUCACAGAAAGCGAUUGUUUAUAUCAGUGUACACGACGAUAAAUCGUCGAUAACGAAAAACUAUACUCGGUGAAAUUCGGUUAAACUUGUUUUGUGAUAUGUUCAUUUGUACGAUUUUCGUUAAACUUUCAACUAAAACGCCUGUAAAAAAUCGUUUGAUGACUACGGAUUUUCGGUAUUUUUAUAGUGACAUAAUAACAACUUGUGAUGAACCUAACAGUUUUGAGUUUCCGGAAAACUGUUAUUUACAUAAAACCGAAUAAAAACUAAAUAAAACAACGCACCAACCGAUUCGCCGUCGGAAACUACUCGUAAAGUCGACGAGCAGAAGGAAGACUUGCGGUAAAAAAAAAAAAAGUCGUUCUUAUUAAAAAAAAUUGUAAAAAUAGGAAACCCGAACGCAGUCCCAGCUCAGAAUCGAAAGAAUAAAGCGCAUAGAAGACAUUCGCGUGUUUGCCGUCUCCGUCUAUUGGACACGCGCUGCGCGGCAGAUUCGCGUUCAGCAGAACCGAUUUCCGGGCUAAUAGUUUUACUGUUGUACCGAAUCGGACCGUUAUCGAAACUUAAGGCGAUGGCCGUUGUAAUAUUGCGACGUGCCGGUACGUCGGUCCCAGCGAGCUUUUCGUUUGCGUAAAACGCUAAUAAAUCUCGCUCGAAAACGAAAACGACCGAAAAAAAACCGCCGCGCCGGCGCUCGCGGAUGACGCCGAUAACGUUCCCUUCGGGUUCGGCAACGGCCGGUCGAUCGGCCCCCGCGACAUCGAAAAACGAAAUGCGCGACGACGGAGACGAAAAAUCGUUUGUUCGCGUGGGCCGCUCGCUUUUGACGCGCGAAACGCGCCGCGGUGCCCGUUGAUAUUUGCGCAACGCGUUCUCGUAGCGAUUCGUAACGCUCAGUGCCGCGCCGUUGUAAUUCCCCGGGCGUGGGGGGGGGCGUUUGGCGGACGGGGAACGCUCGUAGGAUUGCUUCCCGGACAUGAGAAUACGUACGAAAAAAAAAAACCCCGCGAACAAUAACGCGGUUAACGAGACGGUGCGCCGCCGCCGAAACCGCGCGCGGCGUCCGCGAUAAAGCGCGUCUAAUUACGUAUUAAACGGCCGGGUAGGACGGCGCGAAAUACGUUUGUUUUUUUUUUUUUUUUUCUUCAUCAAAGUCAUCGCGUAAUAACAAACGAUAACGACACGACGAACGGCGAUGACCGGUGCCCGCGGUAGGAGGCCGUGCGCGAGAUACGGUGGGCCCGCGGCGUGCGCUACAGGUCGUGGUGCGCGCCACGACGGGCACGCGGGCGCAAUGACGGCCGGGUUAACGGCCGCGGGGGCCCCGUCCGACCGCCCGUCGGCAGUUUUUUCCGCCGGCCCCCGGGUGAGCCCGAGCCUCCCCGCCGUCCGCCGCGGCCCCGAAACGCGCGCCGUUGAAUUGCUGCUGUCGCGGUGGGUUAUCGCGCUUACGCGUCGGAAUCGCCGUACAGUCCGAUAUUGUUUUGAUACGAAUACGGUGCUCCGUGCUCGUAUAUUUUUUUUUUUUUUUUUUUUUUUUUUUUUUUUUUAUUAUUUUUACAACGCGUCGGUGAAAUUCGAAUCAUCCGAACGACUCGGACGCGAGGUUUUGCGCAACCGAACGUUCGUCCCGGUAUAUACCUAUGUAUGUAUUAUUGUUGGUUUGUUUGUUUGUUUGUUUGUAGUUUUUUUUUUUUGUUUUUUUUUUUUUUUUUUUUUUUUUUAUCAAUUCCGAUAUUUACGUUGGAAAAUACGAUUUCGGACGCGCGCCCCGUAGCCCGCCGUCAUUCCGCAUUGCAAUAAACGUGCAACGGACAUAACACGUCGCGCGCGCGACCUAUUUGUCUGGUGCCGGCGGCGGCGGUUUUUUUAUUUAUUGUGUUUGACCAGAUGCGAAUCCACCGGAUUUCGACGGAAAUCGGUUUUGUCGCACCUCCCGCCGCACGCCGGUUUCACUUUUCCCUGUGCCCGCCGGGCCGUGCGGCCUGUGUGUUUAGCUGCACGUGAUGCCCGGAGUUUCGCGCGGGCCAUUUGCACACAAUCGUUUUUACACAUUUUUUUUUUCCGACUCGAACGCGUAUAGAUAAUAGAUGUACUCGCCUUGGAAAUAAGUGCCAACCAUCGUUAUUAUUAUUAUUAUUAUUAUUUUUUUUUUUUGUAAAGGAAACAACAGCAUCGUGUAGUAUAAUAAUAUACUGUGUUUUCUGCAUCGGGCCUCGAGGGAAUAAAAAUGCGCGUUACAUUAACUGUAUUAUUAUACAGGCAUUAGGUAACGACUCGUUAUUAUUCGCUCUCAAUGUUAUCAACAUUUAAACAUUAAACAGUUUUGUCGGAGUAAUUUGAUCCCGUAGCCAAUCGUGUGUGUGUGUGUGUGUGUGUGUGUGUGCGUAUGCUUAAAUUAAUAUUGUUAUUAAACUUUUCGGUUUUUUUUUAAUUUUUUUUUUUUUUCAACGUGCUCUCUGGAAACGCUAUCUAAGUGUGUAACGUUAUUAUAAUGACAACGGUUGAUUUCUUCACACCGUGUUAUAUUACACAGUCAUUAAAAACUCUGCUACCGGGCUCAUUAUCGGGUAUAGGGUCCGACGUCUAUAGAAAAUGGCGUAUGUAGGAUUUCGCCGGAGAGGGAGACGUUUAAUUUGGGAAUUGCGAAAAGAAAACCUAAAUCUUGUAUUUAUAUACAUAUAGAUGUUUGUAAGUAUGGUUUAUAAUAAUUUGAAAGGCCUUAAAAUUAUCAUUGAAACCAAACAGCUAUAGGCGUUAUUAUUAAUUUUUGUUUGCACGGCGUUUUUUUUUUUUUUUUAUAGUGGUUCGGGUAGGUUUUCAUUUUGAACGAGAAGACGUCCCGAGACGUUUUAAAAGUAAAACGGAUAAUCGCAUAAACAUGAACGAUAGAUACCGGGGAAAAGGUCAAGGGAGGAGAUUAGGGAGAUGUACCCUGUCUGUCUCUGUUAUGUAUCAUAUUAAAACGGAUGUGGGUACGUUUGAGAUUGAUACUGACGGACUCCGUAACUACCGGGCCGAUGCGUGCGUGGGUGGUUUCCCCCCCCCCUUUGAAUGAUCCACGUUGUCAGGGGCCGGUUUCAGCUAUGGAAAUCGUCGAUCCGACCGGUAGAAAAAAAGUUAAGAGCCUUAAUACAGCCAGGCCGGCUAUAAAAUAUGAUAGCAGACAGUUGCGUAUUCAAUUGUUAUUGUUCACUUGAUUGGAUAUUUUCAUAUUUCCCUGCAGUUCGUUAGAGAACAAUAUUUUAUAUGUUAAGUAUAUCGUGACACGAAUGUCUGUACAACUAAUUUGUGGCGCUUUGCGUGUGUUCUACAAGAAUCAGAAAUGGCCUUAUUGAUCAUUGUUUUAAUAAACGAAACAAUUAACGUUCAAUAACAAUGAUUUUUUUUUCCUUUCAUAUUUUGUUGUUGUUCAUGUUCGUUUCACUAUUUUUUCGAAUGUAACUAAUUUCUUUUUUAAGCAAAUAGUAUAAUUACUGUAAUACAACAAUUUAAAUCGCUUAAGGUUCUUAAAGGUAUUCUUUUUUUCUUUUUUUUUUUUUUAAAUUUCAAACUGCAUUGCGAAAUUUCGUGAACUCGCGUUUUUUUUUUUAUUUACGGUUUUUAUAUAGGUAAAAAAAAAAAAUGAAAAUGAUUUAAAAUUAAAUGUCAACUACUUUUACAGUGAGUACGUUACAAAUUACAUAAUAUACCCGCUGACAUUUAAUUGAUUUCAUUCGUCCGAUUAGCUGUAUUAUGCGGUAUAUUUGUCACCGUGUAAGUAAUUGACGUAUUAAUUUGGUUUUUUUUUUUUUAUUAUUAUUGUUAUUUUUCCUACGGGCACUGCGUGGAAAAUAAAAUCGAAAAAUAAAAACGCGAACGUUUCACGUCGUCAUACCGUAUUAAUACAAUCGAAACGUUGCACCGCGGAAAAACGAUGUAAUUAUUAUAAAUAGGUUUGUUAAAAAAAAAAAAAAAAUGUAAUACUCGAUUAAAUCGAACGCGUUAAAAUAAUGUCUGUUUUCAUACGAAUAACGGGCGAUUGACGUGUGGAAAUGAAACGUCGGAUGUGCGUUAUCUGUGUUUUCCGUCCGUCCGCGCGUUCCGUGUUUGAAUAUCACAGUCGGAAGGGCCGACGGUUACCGCGUUUAAUCUCUCCGUUAUUAUUUGUAGUGCGCGCGUUCGAAAUCGAAUGCCGCGUCAUCGCCGUUAAAAAUGUUAAUUAUCAUUAACAUUGUGGCGACGAUUAAUAUCGCGUCGCAUUAGUGGAAUCGCUAUCGGGUAUAAUUUUUUAAUUUUUUUUUUUUCCGGAUUUAACUCGGUUGCGGGCGGGGGAGGAGUGAGGCCGUUACAGCGGUAGACCGACGGCGGUGCGUCGUUCUGCGGUUCGCCGUUCGCCGUUCGUCGCGCGCGAUCAAUUCCGUCCCCGGCGUGUUCCGCGGAAAACGUCGGGAAACGAAAACGCGCCGUUUACAGCCCCGUACGAGGCCCCCGAGUACGUACGGCGGACGAAAACACCGCCGCGGCCGACCCGACGAGCCGCGGUCGAUGUCGCGAUAAAGCGCGCGGCGCCUACUCGUAUUUCCGCGUUAUCGGUAGGCAACUGAUCUACUGAUGAAGUAGAAAAAAAAAAGAAAAAAAAACACAAUUAUUAUGUGCGUGUGUACGGUUUUUUGUUUUUUUUUUUGUUAUAUCCGACCACGCAAAACCCCGCAAACGGGACGUUAAAAUUGCCGUACGGGCGCUUGUUCGGUACGCGUCGCGUUUACGGUUCCGACGGCGUAAAACGGAUCCGUUUCCGUUCGGUGAACGCCGACGAGAAACAUUCCGAUUUUGAGAACACCGUCGUGCGGACAGUUUAUCGUGUUUAUCCGUGUUCGUCUCUUGUCCGCUCGAAAUACGCGAAAUAUAUACGCGCGCGUACGUACGGUGUAGCCGCCCCGGCGUUAGGUGGCGAUACUCGCGAACGCGGUAGGUGGCGGGCGUGUAGGAAAAAUAGGCGUAUGCGCGCGUAGCAUUCCGGACCGCGGCGCGCCGUCGACAGAAAAUUCCUUUCGGUCUUAUCGUCGCGUUCGUUAUUCGUGUUAAUCGCUUUGCCGCCGUUGCCCGGUUUAAUGGAAUCGCGGCACCCGAUCGUUAACGUGCACUCUGCGCCGUUGUUGUCUGCGGCAUUACGUCCGUGCUACAACGACGACGGCGACGACAACAACAACAACAACAACAACAACAACAACAAUAACAUCACCGACGGUAUCGACGCGUCUGCAACGGGAACGUUUACCUGCAGUGUGGCGCGCGUUAUUUCGCGGCGCGUCACGCGAACAGCACGAAACCGUAACCGCCGUCGAAACGUUGCCGCGGCGCGUCGGAAAACGCGGGAAACGUUAAUUGUCCGGCGGCGAUCCGUCGGUCGGCGGCGUUCGACGGCGUAAAAAUAUUCGGUUACGGAAACUCAACUGUCGUUCGAACAGUAUUUUAGUUAUCGAGAAACCCCGCCUCCUCCUCCACCCAUCCGAUUUCCGAAUCAGAACUUUUCGUCGAACAUCCCGUCGAACGUUAAAAAAAAAAAAAAAAAAUGUCCGAAUGUUCGAAAACACGACGAAACAUCCAAACAAUCUCUAUUUUUUAUUAUUUUUUUUAUUUUUUUCCUCGUCCACUAUCGACGGUGUAAUCAUCUCGGAAGUGACCGUCGCUAAUAUUUAAUUGAUUACUAAUUUUAUCUGCCGUUUUGUCGGUUACGAGGACUGGCGUACAAAUCGAACGUCGGCAUUGCCGAUUAUCGUUUCGCCUCUGAAACCGUGUCUUAAAUGUUGCGUUUUUCGUGUGUUACAGAAAGAAAUGCAGUGAUGAUCCAACAACGAGUCAUGCAAGCGCUCGUGAUCCUGGGCGCCUUGUUCGUCGCAAGUGCGUCCGCCGCCGCCAUCGUACCGUGUCCGCGCCCGUGCAAAUGUUUCACCACCGAGAAUGGAAUACAAGCAGCCAACUGUACGGACUUGCCGGAUCAAAUGACGACCGCGUGGCCGCAAAAAAUUCUCCGGAUACGCUUCGACGGGCACCGCGCAUCGCCGAUUAUGUUGAAAAACAAAGGGUUCAACCAUUUCCCCCAGCUCACGUUCCUGGACGUCGCCGGGGGCACGGUGCAGUACGUGGGAAAUUCGGCGUUCGACGGGCUGCCGGACCUACUCGAGCUCAAUCUCGUCGGGACCGGUAUCAGAAAACUACACCGCGACACGUUCGCGACCAACCGGAAACUGGCUUUCCUGUCGUUGAAGAACAACCCUAGGCUCGCCGUGGCCCCGUCGUUCCUCGCGUCCGAAUCCAUAACCGAGCUCGACCUGUCCGAGUGCGCUCUGGGCGCGUUGAAAAGCGUGUACUUCAAAAGUCUGCCGAAUCUGAAAUACUUGUUCGCCAUGAAAAACGAACUGAAAAGUCUCGGCUCGCAGUUCGGACCGCCCGGUCUUAAAUACGUGAACCUCGCUUACAAUCACAUCGAAAACAUAUACGACGACUUGGACGCGUAUAAGCGUUUGAGAACGAUCGAUCUCACCGGAAAUCCGGUGAACUGUACCUGCGAGCUGUCGGAAACCGAUAAGAAACUGUCGGGCAAAGGAGUGGCGUUUGGAAACACAAUAGUUUGUAAAAACACGGGGAAACCGUUAGGCGACCUGGCAGAAGUGUGUACGGACCAAGAGAUGAUGGGAGACGACCCCGUGGACAUGUAUAAGGCGGACAACUUGUUGAAAAUCGAUAAAAACGCCAUUCAAUCUAUGGACGAGAUCGACGAUUCUGGAUCGGGUUCCGGUAGCGGGGACGGCGAGUUGUUCCCGGGGAUUUACGCGGCGCACACUACAGAACAGGCGCGGAACACCACGCAAAUCACCGGAGAAGCGAAUAGCAGCACGGCGCAGUUCGAAGACGGAGUGGAAGAGGAAAUAACUAAAGCCAACGUGAACGUUGCAUUCGCUCGGCCCAAACCCGCCGAAUCGGAAACGACAGAACCGACGGUCGACAACGCGCUGUCCGGCGAAAACGUCACGUCCGCGUCGGGCGGAGCGAUCGGCAGCGCCGCGCCUACGAUCGCCGGUGAUCCGGAGGACAAAGCGACCACCACGCGGUCCGGCGCGGACGGCGGGAUCGUGCCGCUGACGAUACAGGCGCCGGAGGACGAGGUCCAGACCAAGGUGGCCGAAUAUCUAAAGUCCAACGUCGGUAUUACGGGGACGGCCGUGCUGGUCAUACUGGCCGUGGUGAUAGUGGCCAUAGUGUACAAGGCCGUGUGUUUGGGCCGGUCGAGACGCCGCGGCUCGGUGGCCAGCGACAAGGUCGUCGAACUCAAAGAGAUCAAGUACACGGCGGCCAACACGGAGGACACGCGCGACAUGCCGUCGCCGCCGGCCAGUCCCGCCGAGGAGAAUUUGCUGGGAGACCGCGACAGCAACGACGACGGCAGCGACGACGACGACGACGACGACAGCGGCGCCGGCGGCGACGUCCGCGGACCCGGAGCCGGUGCCGGCGGCGGCGGCGGCGGUCUGCCGCGCAACGGUUUGUCGAACGGCACCGUCGGGGACCCGGCGAGACCGGACAACAAUCGUAACGUCGCGCAGCAGCCGCCGACGACGCCGAAGGCCGAGGCGCCGACCAGAGUGAUAGUCAGAUUGGGCGAAACCCCCAAAGCUUCCAAACCGAUAACUAUUAAUAACGUUCACUAAGCACAACAACACGCUCCGCGGCAGAAACGCGAAGUAGCUCCUAUAUUAUAUUUAUUAUAUCAUACAUACGUAUUAAGUGUAACAUUGAAAAGUAAAAAAAAAAAAAAAUAAUAAAUAAAUAAAUAAAUAAAUAAAUAAAUUGCCACGCGCGGCCCGGCGAGAAAAUUACAUAUCCGCAACGUCCGUAGCGCGUCUACCGUUUUUUAAUGCGAUAACAACAAUACAUUUUGAUACGCGCCCCCAAUGUAAACAUUUUGUCCGUUCUCCGGACGAAAACGAUUUCGUUGUUUCGGGUGUGUGGCCGCCCCGUAUAAUAGCAAAUACCGUGUGCGGAUUAUCGCGCGGAUCGCGUUUCUGGCGUGUGACGAGACCGGGCGUUCGAACCGGACUGCGGCGUUAAUACGACUACCGGGGCGGGGGGAGGGGGGGGGGUGGCGGCGACCGGGAAAGCCGUCUGUUCCGGCCGAUAUAUUAUUGUCAAUACCUAUGUCGCGCCUGUUGCCGUGCGCCACCGACUCCUCGAUUUCUACUCGUUAACGCGUUCUUGCGGUCAAUUAUUUUGUUUUAUACGUUUUACAACAGCCCGCCCCCCUAUCGUCCUCGCCACUCGCGUUCAUCUCGCGCACAGCAAAUAGUUAAACUGAGUUCGCGUAUCGAAUAUUGUAACCAAAACGCCAUAUUAUUAUUAUUAUUAUUAUUAUUAUUAUUAUACAGAAUUUUACAUCCGUUUAUUUUUAUAUAGUACAGCAGAAACAAAUAUUUUGUAUAUGUAAAUUUCUCGCUUAAAUAUUUAAUAUCACUAUAUUUAUAUUGUUUUUUUUUUCAUUUUUUUUUUUUUUUUUUUUUUUUUAAUGUAGGUAUACGAAGUACGUUGAUAGUACGUUGAUUUGUUUUUGUGUAAAUAAAUUAUUAUAUAUUAUAUUA